AUGAAGGCAUACAUGUUUGACAACUCUCCGGGUGACCAGCGUCUCCCUCACGACUCGGGACGCGCUAUAAGUGUUAACGAGUUAAAUAAGCUUGGGGUGCUAUUCUUUUACCUCCCCGAGAUGGACGACGUCGAUAAGCUAGCGGCGGAGCGAGGCUAUAAGAAUCGCGACGAAAUUACCGUAUCGCCCGCUACGAUGGGAGCCGUAUACGAGGAUAAGGUUAAAACAUUCUUCGACGAGCACCUACACGAGGACGAGGAGAUUCGCUAUAUCCGCGGCGGGCAGGGAUACUUCGAUAUCCGAAGCAAGGAAGAUAACUGGAUACGCGUUAAGCUUGAGAAGGACGAUCUAUUAAUUCUGCCGGCGGGCAUCUAUCACCGUUUUACUACGGAUGAAUCUAACCCCACCGGUGUCCCUCACCUAGGCAACUAUGUUGGCGCGUUGCGGCAAUGGGUGCAACUACAGCACCAGCACGACGCUGACACGAGGCUCGUAUAUUCCAUCGUCGAUCUCCACGCCAUCACAAUUCCGCAAUCACCCGAGAAGCUCAGGAAACAGCGGCGCGAGAGCCUCGCCGCGCUCCUUGCCAUCGGUGUCGACCCGGAUCGCUGCACCGUCUUCUACCAGUCCUCCGUUCCCGCGCACUCGGAGCUCAUGUGGAUCCUCUCUUGCACCGCAUCUGUCGGCUACCUGUCGAGAAUGACACAGUGGAAACAAAAGCUCAAUCUGUCGCCGACGUCUCAGCUGGCCGAACGCCCCGUCGGCUCGCGACUCAAAUUGGGGCUCUUUUCUUAUCCUGUCCUGCAGGCAGCCGACAUUCUCGUUCACAGAGCUACCCACGUACCCGUUGGCCAUGACCAGCAACAACAUCUAGAGUUUGCCCGCGAAUGCGUUACCAAUUUCAACCAUUCGUACGGUCCGCAUCUUGUCCAUCCCGAGACCAUUACCCCCACGGUGCAUCGCAUCAUGUCUCUCACCGACCCCAAAUCAAAAAUGUCCAAGUCGGACCAGAGCGAGCGCUCGCGCAUCUUGAUCACAGACACGCCAGAGGAAAUCCAAGCCAAAGUGGCCUCGGCCCAUACUGACUCCUUCCCUGGCAUUUCCUACGAUGUGGCAGCUAGACCUGGAAUCUCCAAUCUGCUCGACAUCCUGUCCAUCUUUGACACGCAGCGACGCAGUCCAGCCCAGCUUGCCGAGGACUACAGCGAUGCCCAGCCACGUCAGUUUAAGGCCUUGGUCUCGGACGCCGUCUGCCAGGGCCUGUACGGCAUCAGCAGCCGCUACCUGGAGCUUCUCGAUACCGACAAAGGAGGCUACCUUGACCAUGUUGAAGCCGAAGGCACGCGCAAGGCACGCCAAAGCGCUGAGGAGACAAUGGAGAUUGUGAGGUCUGCCGUGGGCCUCUGA